CCGCGCAUGAAGAGGCCAAUGGAGGGCGGAGAAAGCUGCGCACGGGCGGUUGUUGUAGCAUGUAGGUGAAGAUUCUGGGGCCGGACGAGAGCUUCGACAGCUCAUUUCUUAUCCCUACUGGUUACUUAUUGUAUCUAUCUAAUAUGGAUUCUGUUGUCUUCCACAGAGAUUUUUGCUUCACAUUGCGCUGUUUAAGUUUUGGGCUUGAUUGAGGGUAUUUGUGCUCUUCUAAUGGGUUGUUCGUGUUUAUUUCUCUUCGCAAUUGGAUAUCUUAGUCGAUUCUGGUCGACAGGGAUUUGAAGAGAAGAGAAGAGCUCAUCUCUUUGAUUACCAUCAAAGUCUCUGGUUAGCUAUCUGAUCCUGUGGAGAAUAAAUGAAGUAAUGUGAGAAAGAAGAGUGCCUCGGUCUCUCUUUGUUCCUAUUAUUCUCGAGGGGGAACCAAGAAGAGCAAAUCGCCACAAGUUGUAGCAGGGAGGGCGUAACAAUUCUUCAGAUGUAUGUCGAACUUCUGAAGCAAUGAGAGAUUGGGGUUCAAAGAAAAACAAGCUUUCAUGGUCUAAGUCCCUGGUCAGGAGAUGGUUCAACAUCAAGAGUAAAGCUCAGGACUUCCAUUCGGACAAUGUUUUUGGUCAAGGAGCUGAUGACGAAUGGAGUACCUUCCCAGUGAGGGAAACAUGCAAAGUUGGGAAAAGCAAAGCAGAGAGACCGUACAAAGAGAGCACUGAUCAAGCUCACAGAGGAAAGUUUGUUCUUGAUGCAGCUGAAGUCACUGAGACCCUGGAGUACAGGAUUUUUGUUGCCACAUGGAAUGUAGGUGGGAAAUCUCCACCAAGUAAUCUGAAUCUCGAGGACUGGCUGCGUGCCUCACCUCUUGCAGAUAUAUAUGUUCUCGGGUUUCAAGAAAUUGUUCCUUUAAAUGCGGGAAAUGUUCUAGGCACAGAAGACAAUGGUCCAGCUAAAAAAUGGGUGUCUCUAAUUAGAAAGGCACUGAAUAAUCUUCUGGAUGCCAGCAGUAAUGGAGGAUACCAAACACAUUCCCUAGUUUCUAAUCCGGUUGUAGAGCAGAACGACCAUAUUGGAUGCUCGUCAACAGGGCAAAGAAAUUCAUCUUUCUUCCACCGACAUUCUUUUCAGUCUUGGGGUCUUAGUAUGAGAAUGGACGAAGAUAUCAUGGCCCCACAAGUGAGGCUGGAUCAUCGCUAUAGCGUUUGUGAUCAGGUUAUCUUUGGAAGCAGACAAAGUGAUUAUGAUCGUAGUUAUAGAUUGAAUGGAUUCUAUGAUGAUGAGUAUAUGAAUGGAGAUUCUCCUGGUGCUGUUGUUUUCUCACCAACAUCACAUGGCCAUGCUGCUUCAUCUACCGAGGAGAGAGAUGGGUCAACAGGACACUCGAGAUACUGCUUGCUGGCAAGUAAACAAAUGGUUGGGAUAUUUCUCACAGUGUGGGUGAAGAGAGAGAUAAGAGAUAGCAUCAGGAACCUUAAAGUCUCCUGUGUUGGGAGAGGAUUGAUGGGUUAUCUUGGAAACAAGGGUUCAAUUUCGAUCAGCUUGUCUUUCCACCAAACAAGCUUCUGCUUCAUCUGCAGUCAUUUGACAUCAGGCCAGAAGGAGAGAGAUGAGCUUCGAAGGAAUUCUGACGUCAUGGAGAUCUUGAGAAAAACUAGAUUCCCACCAGUCCAUGGGGAUGAGAAGUCACCAGAAACCAUCCUUGAACAUGAUCGAAUUAUAUGGCUUGGGGACUUAAAUUACCGAAUUGCUCUUUCACAUCGCUCUGCGAAGGCUCUUGUUGAAAUGCGAAACUGGAAUGCAUUGUUGGAGAAAGAUCAGCUUCGGUUGGAGCAAAGAUGUGGUGGUGUCUUUGAGGGCUGGAAUGAAGGAAGAAUAUACUUUCCUCCAACAUAUAAAUAUUCAAACAAUUCAGAUCAAUAUUCUGGGGAUGUCAUGAACCAAAAAGAGAAGUGUCGAACACCUGCAUGGUGUGAUCGUAUUUUAUGGUAUGGAAGAGGCCUUAACCAGCUGUCUUAUUUUCGUGGGGAGUCCAGGUUUUCUGACCAUAGACCGGUCUCUAGCAUUUUUACAGUAGAGGUCGAGUCAAUUAAACAUAAUCAAAUAUAAAAACAUGACUUGUUCGAGUUCUCAAUUUUGAGAACAUAUAACUUUGGCCAAUCUCACAUGGGUUCAGGAUCUGAUUUCUCCUGAAAAUCUUUUACUAUAAUUUAGUUGUUUUUGGAGGGUUGUGCAUAUCGGCUCCACAGAAUUCCGUGAAAGGAGGUAUUUCGUACUGUCUCCAAGAACAUGAAGAUACUUUGUGUGAUCUCUGCUAUUGUGUGAGCAACUUGCUCGGGAAAGUUCAAUGUUGCACAAGGGUGGAGCAAACUCGGUUACAUUUAUCCAGCAUGGCUGAACUCAUUCUUCUCCCGACUUGAAUUUAGGCCCAGAAGAUCUACGAUCCUAUCCUUAAUCUGUUGCAGUGCAUGCUCUUUCCGAAACCAGGACAAAGUACAUAGGAUUUUGUCAGAAGAGAAGUUUAGUCCGCAAAGAUGAAAAAGGAAGUGUCCAUCUUCUAGGAAAGCAACAAAGCUUUCAGUAAUCACCACAAAAAUGUACAGUUUAUAUGUCUAGAAAUGAAUCUGGUCAUCCUUUGUUGUUUUUCUUAUGGAGAAAAGAACAUCUAAUUCUAUGAAAAGAAACAGUUGUGAUA